AUGCUCUUCAAGUCCACUCUCGCCCUGGCCUUCGUGGCCCUCGCCAACAUUGUCUCUGCCGGUCAGACUCCGGCCUGCCUGCUCUCUGUCAUCGGCGACUCCUCCAACCCCGCCGACCUGUCUACGCUGUGCGGUUCCGAUGCGAAAAAGCUUGAAUCUCAGAUCUCGAACAAGUGUGGUGACAAGAGCCAGUCUGCCCUGAAGUUCUUUGCCAACACCUGCAACUCGAACGGCCACAACGUUGAUAUCUCCUCGAUUUCCAACUCCACCGCCUCCGGCACCGCUACUGCCUCCAGCUCUGGCUUCGUUACCGCAACCUCUGGUGCCCAGGCGACUGGUUCUGGCACAUCGACAUCGGGCGCCGCCUCUGGCAGCGCUUCGGGCUCUAGCUCCGGCGGCGCCCCUACUGCCACUACUAACGCUGCCGUUGGCCUUCAGCUGCAGGACUCGGCCUUGCUCGCUGCGGUGUUCCUCGGUGCCGCUGCUCUGCUGUGA